GUUUCGCUAACCCUUAGGCCUGGCUUUCAGAGCAGCAGCACUUUAUUCUAUGCAGUAAUGUUGUAAAUGCUGCAAACAACACCAGGAACUCUACUUAUGCAAGCACCUGUAUGGGAUAAGGAUGUUUUAAUGUACUUGUCACAAAAUUCUCCAAAUACUAGUGAGAUAGAGUGUUUUUUAAUCUUUGCUGUUGUCUUACAUUUCACUUAAGUGCUGCUUUAUUAUCCCCACAACAGUAGGGAAAGGAAUUACCAUUUAGUAUUUUCAUGAAAUAACUCCUCAAAUAUUUGUUAGCCACAUAUGCCAAAGCCACUGUGAUACUUCUAUGCGUUUUGUGUUUUUUUCUUUUGAAAUUUGUGUAUUGAAGACAAAAUAAUGACAUUGGAACCUUUUCAAAAUCUGGUUUUCAUUUUCUGUUGAUCUCAAGUAAUAGCAUUAUAAUGAAAAUUCUGGCAUAGUUAUUUAUCUAUUACAAAAUUUGUAUAACUGUGAUCUGAAGUGUUUCUUUCCUGCACUGAAUGUAUUAGUUUGGACAAAACAACAAUUUGUUUACUUGUUUUUAAAGUAUGCCUGACGUGCAUAUAGCCUGUAAUUACCUGCCCAUGACUCCCUAGUUAUUCUUUUUCUAUAGGUAGAGUACCUCUUACUUCAAUGAAUGUUAGAAAAAUUAGAAAAUUUUGUAAAAGAAAACAUUUUGAUGUUUUGCCACAGGACAAAACAUUUGAUUAAACACAAUUCUGAUUACAUUUAGAUUUUUAUGCAACCUUAUGGUGUUUGUAGUAGGUGUUUAUACUGCAGAUGAAAAAAAGAUUUGUGAGGUAAACUAAAUUUAACCCAGAGUUCCGUCACCCCCUGCAAAAAUUAAGCUGAUAAAUUAAUACUUUUUAUUAUGAAGUGAGUAUGUCCCAACUCACUGUUUGUGGUUGUCCUAACAAAUACUUACUUUCUAUGCUCCAUUCCACAGGAAUCUGAAUUCAUCUUUUCAAUUUCUUUUCUGCAUUUUAAUAAACUUUAUGAAUAGUUAAGUGAUGCUGCACAGUGAGAGGCAAAUCACAGAGUUUUGUGUUCUUCUGAAGUAGCAACACUGUAGCUAAAAUUGCACCUUUUAUUUCAGUUACUUUGUCAAAUUAGUAGUUACUCUUGCUGCAACAGGAAUAUUUGAAGAAGAAGAAGAAAAGAUAUUUUGUGAAAGAAUUUCUUCAUAUAAAAUAUCUCACUUUGUUGAAAAUACUGUGAUUUAAUGAAAACCAGGGUAAGCAUAGGAUGUUCAGGCCACCUGCUCUCCUGAAAUUGUUCUUAAUUGCUUUAAAAAUAAUUCAAUAGCAGUACUGAUUAUAAUUAUGUUUUAAUUCUGAAAAAUUGCCUUCAUUAGGCAAGGGACAUUUACACCUGGAUACUCAGGAGGCAUUUAAAUAACUAGCCAUUUAAAAUGGCUAUCAGGUAUUAGCACAUGGCUAGUUGUCUUUAUUUCUGCAUGUGGAUCCUUUAUAAACCACAGAUGUGUUUCACAGAAUGGAUUCAUACAGGAACGCAAAUUGCUCCGAAGGGCUUAAGACUGUGCGAAAAAGAUGUUUCCUUUAAAAGACACUGAGAUGGGUGCCUCCACCUUUUUUGCCUCUGCUCUGCCACAUGAUGUUUGUGGAAGUAAUGGCCUUCCUCUGACACCUAACUCCAUCAAAAUUCUGGGGAGAUUUCAAAUCCUUAAAACAAUCACCCAUCCCAGACUUUGCCAGUAUGUUGACAUUACCAGAGGCAAACAUGAGAGACUGGUGGUGGCUGCUGAGCACUGUGAAGAGAGUCUGGAAGAUUUGCUACGAGAAGGAAAGCCAGUCAGUCCUUCAAGGAUCUUAUGCAUAGCAUAUGAAGUUUUGCAAGGUUUGCAAUAUAUGAACAAACAUGGAAUGGUCCACCGAGCACUCUCCCCUUGCAAUAUUCUUUUGGAUCGAAAGGGACAUGUGAAAUUGGCUAAAUUUGGGCUCUACCAUAUGACUGCUCAAGGUGUUGAUGUUGAUUUUCCUAUAGGGCACCCGUCAUAUCUGGCACCUGAAGUAAUUGCACAGGGAAUAGUCAAACCAAAUGAUCAUACUCAGUGUGAGAAGCCUCUGCCUUCUGGCCCUAAAUCAGAUCUGUGGUCUCUUGGUAUAAUAUUAUUUGAGCUUUGCAUGGGGAGAAAAUUAUUCCAGAGUUUGGAGAUAGCAGAAAGAUUGAAAUUUAUAAUUAUGUUAGGCUGUGUAGAUGAUAUUGUAACUGUAUUGGCAGAAGAACAUGGUUGCCUUGAUAUUGUUAAGGACCUUUCUGAAAAUAUCAUAGCUUUACUGAAGAAAUGUCUUACAUUCCAACCUUCUAAGAGGCCAACUCCAGAAGAAUUGCUGCAUGACAGUUUGUUCAGUGAGAUAUCCUCAUUAUAUCCUCUCUUCCACAAACCUGCUGGUCUGUUCUCAUCUUCUCCAAGAUGUGCUGAUUUAACACUUCCUGAAGACAUAAGUCAAUUAUGUAAAGAUGAAGAUAAUGAUUACCUAGCAGAAAGAUCAAUUGAAGAGGUUUAUUACCUGUGGUGUUUGGCUGGAGGAGACUUGGAGAAAGAACUUGUCAACAAGGAAAUCAUUCGAUCAAAGCCACCUGUCUGCACGCUUCCCAACUUUUUGUUAGAAGAUGGUGAGAGCUUUGGGCAAGGACGAGAUAGAAGUUCCCUCCUAGAUGACACAACUGUGACUUUGUCUCUGUGCCAGCUCCGAAACAGACUGAAAGAUGUUGGUGGGGAAGCAUUUUAUCCAUUGCUUGAAGAUGAACAGUCAACUUUACCUCAUUCAAACAGUAGUAAUGAGCUGUCUGCAGCUGCAAGUCUUCCUCUCAUCAUCCGGGAGAGGGACACAGAAUACCAGCUAAAUAGAAUUGUCCUGUUUGACAGGCUGUUGAAGGCCUACCCAUAUAAGAAAAACCAAAUUUGGAAAGAAGCCAGGGUUGACAUCCCUCCUCUUCUGAGAGGCGUAACCUGGGCUGCCCUGUUGGGUGUUGAGGGUGCCAUACAAGCAAAAUAUGAUGCCAUUGAUAAAGACACACCGAUUCCUACAGACAGACAAAUUGAAGUUGAUAUUCCUCGUUGCCAUCAGUAUGAUGAGUUGCUGUCAUCACCAGAGGGUCAUGCGAAGUUUAGACGUGUAUUGAAGGCCUGGGUUGUUUCCCAUCCUGAUUUGGUGUACUGGCAAGGUCUUGACUCUCUUUGUGCACCAUUUCUGUACUUGAAUUUUAACAAUGAAGCUCUAGCAUAUGCCUGCAUGUCUGCUUUUAUCCCCAAAUAUUUGUAUAACUUCUUUUUGAAGGAUAAUUCUCAUGUUAUUCAAGAAUACCUGACAGUGUUUUCCCAGAUGAUUGCAUUCCAUGAUCCAGAGCUGAGUAACCACCUUAAUGAAAUUGGUUUUAUUCCAGAUCUUUAUGCUAUUCCUUGGUUCCUUACAAUGUUUACACAUGUCUUUCCUUUGCACAAAAUUUUUCACUUGUGGGAUACGUUACUGCUUGGAAAUUCCUCUUUCCCAUUCUGUAUUGGAGUUGCAAUACUUCAGCAGCUGAGGGAUCGUCUUCUGGCUAAUGGAUUCAAUGAAUGCAUUCUUCUUUUUUCAGACUUGCCAGAGAUUGAUAUUGAGCGUUGUGUUCGUGAGUCAAUCAACCUGUUUCGCUGGACGCCGAAGAGUGCUACAUAUAGGCAAUAUGCACAGCCUCCACGGCAAAGCAAUGAGAGCAACGGCACAAGAAGUUCCAUGUCCUGCUUUUCAGCAGACUAUCAGGAAGCACCUCGAAGUGACCUAUUUGCAGCUCAUCUAGUGAAAAACAAAUAUCCAAGGGUAUGCAUCCUAGAUGGAGGAAUCAACAAGAUCAAGCCAACUGGUCUCCUCACUGUUCCUUCUCCACAAAUUUAAGUGACUUUAAACAUUCAGGACAAUAUGUCUGAAUAGGGAAAUCUUACCUGAACCCAAAGGGCAUUAUGGCAUCUUCACUAUACAAGCUAUCAUGAUGAUCAUGUCUUAUCCUGCAGAUCUUGAUCACAGGAGCUUUGUGUUUAUUCUUUGGUAUAGAGCUUCGGUUGGAACAGAUGAAGACUGUGAAGCUUCAAGCUUUCCAAGAAACCUCUUUCAGCAUUGAUGUAGUGCACAACUAGUUGAGCAAGUCUGGACACAAAAAGAGUAACUCAGCUGACAUUUGGUAUCUUACAAAGAUUUAUGCAGAACAAAGUAAACUAGCACUGGAUGGCUCUAAGCUGCGUUUAAAUAGAUUUUUCAAAAGUAUUUUACUGUGAAUGUUGAAACUUACAAGCUGAAACUGUACCCUGUGUGUAUCCUGUGAAAAAAAGUGUGUUCUUGAAUAUUUUAAAGAGUAAUUGCUGCAUCUUGUAACCUACUUUCUUUUUGAGAAAGCAUUUUUGCAUCUGGAUUAGAAAUAAAGAUGUGUCCCAGAUUGGAAGUCA